GAGCCCCGCGAGCUGCUCGCCUGCUCGCUCGCCCCGUUCCCAACGGCCCGCCGGGCUCACCAGCUCUUCCCAGCGGCGGCGGCGGCGGCGGCAGCGGCGGCGGCGGCGGCUCCGAUCGCUGGGCGCCCGUCGGCCCCAAACAUCAACGACACCCGGGAGCGCGGCCUCCAGGCUCAGGCCCGAGGACCGACUCCGACUCCCGCAGCCCCGGCCACUUCCACACCGCACUUGAGCAUUUUUGAGAGCGGCUUCCGGAAGCCGGCUGGAGGCGGAAACCGGAAGCAGGAAGCGACCAUUUGCUCACCUUCGCCCAGGGGACCCUUCCCGUCCCGGGGGGCCCGAGCUUUGGGGAGAAAUGAGCGAGUCGGCUGAAGUCGCUCCUCACCGGGGCGCACCCGAUGUCCCUGUGCAGUUCCUCGAAACUGAAACCGAGUGAAAGGAGAGGCGGAGAGGUCGGAAGUGCCCUUGGUUCCGCCCAGUUGCCAUGGAGACCGAUAGUAACAAUUUGGAUGAGCUCCUGGAGUCGGAGAUCAUGGCUACUUUAGCCAAGCUGCUGGCGCGCUUGCCCUUUCUAGAAAGUCAGUACUACUUUAGGAACCGUGCCAUUGAUUCAUUUAGGAAAUUCGAGAAUGAUGCGGCUGUGAAGAUCCAGAGCUGGUUCCGAGGGUGCCAAGUCCGGGCCUAUAUCAGGCACCUGAACAGAGUAGUAACAAUCAUUCAGAAGUGGUGGAGAAGCUUCUUAGGCAGAAAAUAUUACCAACUCAUUGUUGAGGCAGCAUAUUAUACUAUGAAGAUGAAUCUCUACAAUGAAAUGGCUGUCAGGUUUCUCCCAGAUUCUCCUUACCUCAAAACAACAACAACAGCAACAACAGGGAGAGAGAGAAAGAAUGAAUAUCAGAGCAGACAAAUUUUCAAAAUGAAAAUAAAACAAAUAGUAAAAUACCAAAGAAACCAGAAAGCACACAAAAGCCAUGAAGUCCAUGUAGUGUUGAUUCAGAGACAUUGGCGUGGCUUUAGGAUCCGGAAAUAUUGCUUUAAUUAUUAUUAUUUGAAAGAAUAUUUAAGAGCUGUUUCAGAGACCAAUGACGCAAUUAGGGAAGCUUUGGAGGAGUUCGCAGAAAUGAAAGAGAGAGAAGAGAGAAAGGCUCUCCUGGAACGGGAGGAGGCGCAGAAAGAUUACCAAGCCCGCAAGAUGCAUUACCUUCUCAGCACAAAGCAGAUUUCAGGUGUAUACAAUUCACCUUUCCGAGAACAUCCUGACCCGUGGGAGCUGCGGUUGCAGAAGGCAAAGCCUUUGGCCCACCAGAAGGCCACUGCAGACAAAGGCAAGACCUCCCGGAGUCUCAGCGGCUGGCUGGAGUGCACCAGUGCCCGCUCCUUCCCCCAGUCUGCCAGUCUGCCGCCCAUCGACAGGAAGCGCUGUCAGGGACCCUUCCGAGACAUCAAUGAAGUCUUGGAACAGCGUUACAAGCCUUUAGAGCCCACCCUGAGGGUGGCAGAACCCAUCAACCACCUUCAUCUGGCCAGAGAGGCAUACAAGCAAGAGGAACACAUGCGCAAUCUGCAAGACAAAAUGUUUUUGCCAUUUUCUUCCUACCAUAAAAAGGAGAAGUACAUUCCAAUGAUACACUCGUCGAGCGUGUAUAAUUCUGACUCUUAUGGACAGAAGCACUUUCGCAGUCAAGACCCUAAGAAGUGGAUCUCUGUCAAGGACUUUCAGACUGUUCUGCCGUCAUUUGAACUCUUCUCAAAGUAUGGAAAGUUAUAUUCAAAAGCUGGAGAAAUCGUAUAAAGGUUCGGAGGCACUGACAGCACUGUGACAAACACCUGGGAAAGACAAAUGCACAGUAUCCCUGGCGGAGGAGAAAGACACCUGCCCUGGAGUGGGAAGUCUCUCCUGAUGCUUGGCCAGAUUGAAGGGGAAAGGAGGCCUGACUGGGUCCGGAGGGAUGUCACACGCUGGCCCCGCCAGCCAUCACCUCGAGAUUGCCCAGGAUGUGUGCAGGUGAGCUGUGGCCUGUAGCCACUGGAAGCACAGCUCUACGGGCAGACGGAGAGACCACGGGUUACACAAGGAAGAUCUACAGAGUCAACUUGGCCCUUCUGUUGGUGGGAGAACACAGAUUGUCAGGGUCUGCCUUGAGGGUCGCAGGGGACCAUCCCUAGGCAUAGCUUCAUCUCUGGAGUCCUUUGAUGGGCAGCUGCAGAAGCGACAAGCACACACAGACGAGCUGACUUUCAGAGUUCUAGACAUGCUUCCCUGUCUUUAAAAGUCUGUACACGCUUGCAAAUAAAUCACUGCAGGAUA